UCAGCAUCUGCAAAAACAACGCACCAAAGCAAAAUUAAAUCAAAACAUUCAAAAAAAGUUCUUGUUGAGAUACGACGUACAUACAUACAUAUUUUGGUUUUAAAUUUCAAUAUAAAUAAACAAGAAACUUCUUAAAACGUUUAUCAGCUUGCAGUUCAUAAAACUCAAGUAAGGAACAUUUGUAUUCUGAUCAAAACUGUUCUAGAUUACUAAAUUCCAAUAUCACUGAAAAAAGCUAAUAUACUUAACGACAGCAAAGCAUCAUGUCUGUGUCUGAUGAAAAUGCUUCAUCUGCAUCAACAUCGAAGAAUGAAGAUUUUGUUUUCAAAUGUGACGAUCAUGCUAACACCGUUUUAAAAAAACUUCAAACUUUCUACAAUAAACACGAGUUCUUCGAUAUCGUUUUAAUUGCUGGAAUUGACGAUUCAAGUGAACAAGCACAUCGGGUUGUACUAUCAGCGGCAAGCGAUUACUUUCUGGCUAUGUUUCGCAGCACAUUGCAGGAUGCCAACGCUCACGAGGUAAGACUCGAAAAUUUGGAUGGCGCUACUUUACGACUCGUAUUGAAUUUUAUGUACACUGCAAAAAUUGAGCUGAACAGUAAUAUUGUUGAAACAGUUGUUAUGGCGGCUGACUUUCUUCAGCUCAACACAUUAAUUGGUGCAUGUUGCGACUUUAUGGGCGAUCAGCUAGAACCGUCAAAUUGCUUAGGAGUAGCGUUAUUUGCAGAGCUGCACUCUUACACAACAUUGUUUGAGAAAGCCAUAGCAUAUGUGUAUGCAAACUUUGGAAAUGUUUGCAAAGAAGUGGAAUUCAUGAAGUUGGACGAAAAGCAAUUGAUCAAGCUGCUCUUUAGCGAAGAUAUUUGUGCCAAUUCACAUGAGCUUGUGUUCAACAGUCUCGUGGCUUGGGUGGAGCACGACAAAGAAAAUCGUAAACAGAGUACCUACAAACUACUUUCAAGAGUUCAUUUUACAUUGUUGACCCCCGAAUUUAUAAUUGAAAGUAUUGAACCAGUUUGCGAAACUGUUGAAUGCUUCAAGUUGGUUCAUAUGUGGCUCAAAUGGCACUACUUACCUCAGAGUCGAUCUCAAAUUACACAAAAGUUUCCCGUCGAAGGGGAGCAAAGAAAGAAGCUAGCUUUUCACACGGGCACCAGUGAUUUUCAAAUUCAAACCUAUGAUGCGGAGAAAAAUGAAUGGUCGUACGAGAAAUGGCCUAUGCCGCUCAAGAAGCGCAUAGAAUAUGGGACAGUCUUGAUCGGUGACAAGCUGUUUAUAGCCGGAGGCAAACAAUCAGGUCAAAUCACAAAUUCGGUUGAAUAUCUCGACCUGAACACUAUGCAAUGGUGCGAAUUGCCUCCAAUGGCAUUAGCACGACGUUGGCCUGGAAUGGCUGAACUUAAUGGGCAUUUGUACGUUGUUGGAGGUGAAAGUGCUGGAAACUGGUCGUGUUCUGUGGAGAUAUUUGAUUUUUCCACCCGCAUUUGGACAUAUUCUGAACCAUUGCGCCUUUCUUUGUCCUUCAUACAGGUGCUAGUAUUAAGUGAUAAUUUAUAUGCCGUUGGCAAUGGUCAGCGCACCAUCGAGCGCUAUGAUCCUGUGACAGUUAAAUGGACUACCACCUCACCUAAAGAAGAAAAUUCCCUUAAUUUUGGAAUUGCGGCAGUUAAUGGAAAAGUGUACGCUGUUGGUGGAGAUUUCAAUGGCAUCAAGUGUGAAACUGUUGAGUGCUAUGAUCCAGCAGCUAAUUCCUGGACUGUUGCUAAGUCCUUAGGACUUGGGCGUUUGUAUGUUAAAUGUUCUGCGUUGGAGGAUCGACUUAUAGCUUGCGUUGGAUAUAACGAUCUUGGAGAAUGGUGCAACUUGGUGGAGGAGUACGAUCCCCAAGAAGAUGAAUGGAAGGCCUUGGCUCCCUUGUUGCCACAUGACUUCAGUAUUUCUUCCCGUUUGUUUCUUUUGUGAAGUCAUUUUUGUACGUCUUCUGUCUUUUUAAAAGUUUUACAAUAAAUGUUAAAAACUUACAUAAUAUGUAAGAAA